AUGCGUGCUACAAGUCCUGACCCAGACGACAACUACACAACUGACGAAAUGGUCUCCACUCGUGUCCUCGCUUCGUAUGUCUUCGGCUUGGCACUGCUAGCCCUUUCGUCCGCCCAAAACGCCAACGAAGGGUGGAUCAAAACCACCAUGGACGAGAUCGAUAAGCAGCGGUUGUACUCGGCGCUGAAGGAUGUGAAGUCGUACAGCCCCGGCAUCACCACCCUUAUUUGUGUUAAGGAUACUCUCAGCUUGGAAAUGGCCGGUGAACAGGCAGGCAGCACGGGUGGCAGCACACUUAACGCUCCGAACCCCAAUGCUGGGAAAGAUACGCUCUUUCACUAUGAUGUGGUUGGCUGCGAGGUGGACGCGGAGGCCGAUUUGGGUUUCUGCCAUGCGGAUCUUACCUGCGAUCAAGCACCCUUCGACGUGUACCUCACGCAGCCGACGGGUACCGACACGAUCAAGGUGACGUCGGUGUUGGCGAAGAAUUGA